AUGUCGAGUGUCGCGGACGCACUGCUCAAGAGCGCAGUGGGAAGCGCUGGCUUCGUCGCGAGCGCCUAUACGCUCACCAAGUUCAUCGUGGCCACGCCUGUGAAAAUCGCGCCGCGGGGCGAGAACGAGCACGAUAUGGACGUGAUCCUGUGCUUUGACACGAAAACGUACUCGCAGGACGCUGUGGCCUUUUUCGUGCAGAUGGUCGAGAAGCAAAGUCACCUGCUGAUUGUCCCCAAGGCCAAGAACGUGCUGGAGGAGCAGGAAGCGGCAGACGACGACAAGAGCGGCAGCGCUGGGCUGGACGAAACGUACUACUUGGUGGGAGCGACGCACGAGACACUGGUGGCGAUCAAGGAGAAGAAGGAGCGCGCGCUCUACGGCGAGGUUAGCGAAGAGCCCGUGCCGGAACGUUUCUGUUCGGGAGACCGCAUUGAUCUCCUCAUGUUUGAGCUGGAGCGGCUGAAAGUGCGGUCUGACUACUGGCGUCAAACUGGAGGCUGUGCAGCCGAAAAAGUGGCCGAUGAUGCUGUAAGUGAGGUACCUGAGCCGUGGCAAGAUGAAGAGCAUGGCCGACUUCUGCAGCAGGCGAUGCACUCGAAAUUGUUGACAGACCAUUUCCCAUUGCAUGACGACAAGGAACGCAGCGAGUUGGUCGAUCGGUGGGUGAAAAAGUGGACGAAGCCUCAACCAGUCAAUACUGUGCGCUCGUACUUCGGAGAGGAAGUGGGGUUUUACUUUGCGUUCCUCGGAAUGUACACGCAGUGGCUCAUGCCGCUAGCAGCGAUUGGUUCAAUCACGUUUGUGGUUGAUUUUUUUCCGAGUUGGGCUGUCUAUGGCCGUGGAUUAUAUUCGCUCUUGGUGACGAGCUGGGCGACAGCUUUCCUGAAGUUCUGGAAGCGUCGCGAGAGCACGUUGCGCAAUGAGUGGGGCAUUUCUGCAUCCGACUCGAUGGCUUUGGAACUCACUCGUACCGAGUUCUUUGGCGAGAAGCGCUAUGAUCCGGUCGAAGGGUGCUACUACACCUACUUUCCACUCAAGGAUCGUGCGAAACGUUACGUCGUGACGGCGUGCGCGACAAUGGCUGCGAUGAUUGUGGUCACCUUUCUCAUGGUGCUUUAUUGCUGGAUGGAUGAAUGGUUUUCGGUUGCCUUUGUGCCUGCUACAGGCUGGAGUGGCUUGUACGAAUACGUGUGUCUUGUGCCUUCGGUCACGUACUCGAUCGUAGUGCUGUAUCUUGAUGCGACAUACUCCAAGUUUGCGUCCAGGUUGACGCAGUUCGAAAACCACCGCACCGAAAAUGAUUUUGCGAACGCGCGUGUGCUGAAGCUGGCGCUGUUUUACUUCGUAAACAACUUUGGCUUUCUAUUCUACGUGGCGUUCAAGACGCGCAACAUGGUCCUACUGGAGCAAACGCUGAGCUCCUUGCUGAUCACGCGGCAGCUUCUGGGUAACGUGCAAGAACAGCUGAUGCCGUACAUGAGCAAGAGGUCGUCGCUCAAGGCCGAAGCUGGGAAGCUGGCGAAAGAAAAGAAUGACACGAAGACCGUUUUCAACAAGAUUGAUGCAGAGCUGCUGUUCCCGACGUAUGACGGAACCUUUGACGAUUACUUGGAGAUGUUUGUGCAGUUCGGCCAAGUUACCCUGUUCGCAGCGGCGUACCCUCUUGCUUCGCUUUGGAGCUUGUGCAACAACAUCAUGGAGAUUCGAAGCGACGGUUUCAAGCUCUGCAUGAGCUUCCGCCGAAGCCGUCGAACGCCUUCGCAAGGCAUUGGCACAUGGUACUACGCGUUCAGUGCGCUGGGGUACUUAUCGGUGAUGACAAAUUGCGCCAUUUUCGGGCUGCAUUCAGGAUUCCUGAACCGACUUAUUCCAAAGAUCACACCUGCGGGAUCACUCGUGGCGAUCGUUCUGAUGGAACAUGCUAUGGUAGCUGUAAAAGUAUGCGUCGAGAUGUUCGUGCCAGACAUGACUGCCGCAGUCGUCGAAGCGCAUCGCACAAGACGUGCUCGACUCCGCAAGAAGGCCUCGCGUCAAGUCGAACUGUCAUCCCACCAGCUAUUGCAGUCACUAGGGAGUCUGGACGACGAUGAGCACAGUGAAGACGGUUCGUGUGCUGUGCAUGAAGCAGCUGCAGUGGUCGACGUGAACGAGUGGCUGAAACGGGAAAAGGAACGUCGACUGAAGCUGGAGCGCGAGGUGAAGAGUUUGAACGAGCUGUACAUGGGCUGGAUCCGCGAGGAGCAGAAGAAGCGCAAGAGGACCGAGCAGCAGUUGGCUGCACUCAUGGACCGCGCCGACGCCGACACGCGUGAUGCGACGCCCGUGUCGAAAGAGCGCUAA